AUGACGACCUUAGGACCAGCUCUAUUCGUGCUAGCAGGCACGUUGAAGGGAAGAUCGCGUGAGGAGCAAAAUCGUGAAAACACAUCCGCUCUCCUGGAGCUCCGAGAUAUCGAAGAUGAGCUGAAUACUUUAAAGACCCUGUUCAACAAUCAAAUGACAGAGAUUAGAAUCAUGUUAGAUGUUUACGAGAAGCGAGAGUUGACUAAGAAUGGGCUGAUAUUCUUGAGGAAUGCUGAGGAGUAUCUUGAGGAAUAUACUCAGCAUGUAGAAAAAAUGACGGAAAACGCAAAGAAUACUAGAGACGAUUUUGACAAGCUGCUCGGCAUGAUACAGAGACAAGCGCAGGUGGAUGAGGUACGUCUGGCAAGAUACCAGGCUGAUCUCGCCAGUGCGCAGAGCAGAUCUGUUAUGAUAUUUACGAAUACCACCCCAACAGUCCCGACAUCCUCUGCCCUUAUAACGCUUGCACUCAUCAUCGCCUGGAGCAUCCGAUUCGCCAUCUCUUUAAUUAUAUUGGGAAAAAGCUUCGCAUAUCUACAAACUAGUAUAUACGAACAUGUCAACAAAGCCAUCGACGGAAUUCAUUGA